UUGGGGAAAGCCGUCGCAUUGAUUUCGUUUUUCUACAUCUGGAAAUAACCAAUUGUCUUAAACAUCGUCGUCGACAAUCAGUCUGGACCCUCCGAGACAUCUCCAACAAGAAGGAUCGUCAAGAUGCGUCGAAGAAAAGAAAACCAAAAGCCACCUUCGAGGAGAAAGAUCCUGCAGUAGUUUACGCCCUUCAUGAUUAUCAACUAAAAAAUCUAGGCUCUUCAAACUCACGAGCCAUUCCUGGGGAGAAAAAUAAAUAAAUAAAUUGAGCACCCUUCAGGUCGCAACGAAUCGUCGGCUGACUGGAAUUGAACCGUCGGAGGAGGAGAUAUUUGGAGAAUGGCGUCGUUGAAAUGUCGACCAUGAAGAGGAGAAGAGGCGAUUUCGAGGACGCUGCACUUUAAAGGGAAGGAGACGAACCGAAAGGACGGCGACUUAUACUUUCGGGGAGACAAUGUAGCUUUAACGAGGAGAUCGAUUCCGCGAAUUGACCGAAUUUUCCGGGCGCCCGAGCCUUAAUGAAUCGCCAUUGGUGCUCCAAACAUGGAUUUUCCUAAUGCGAACGGCAAUAAUACUUUGGUGCUCUGCAGUCGGCGAUAUCAACACUUUUUGCCCCCUGAUGGAGAAAUCUGGUGCAGUUGGGCUUGGGAUUCCAUUCUUUGUUGGCCACCGACCAAAGCCUCGGCCACUGCCAGACAAAGAUGUCCUUUGGAAAAUGGCGUCGACACUACGAAGUUUGCAGUAAGGCGUUGUGACGUCGACGGUCGAUGGGAAGGGCGAGGAGGUCCCAUGGAUGACAAGGACAGUCCCAAUGGGUGGACAAAUUACACGCCGUGCUUCACCCCGGAAAUGCUGCUGCUUAUCCGGAAGCUCUACACCGGAAGCGAGGAUGCAGCGAAGGUGAAGCUGGACAUCGCCGAGAGGACCAGGACUCUCGAGUUCGUCGGGCUGAGCGUCUCCUUGGCGGCUCUCCUUAUUUCCCUGGUGAUCUUCUGCCGAUUCAGGAGUCUUAGGAACACGAGGACGCGCAUCCACAAGAACCUCUUCGUCGCCAUGGUGGUGCAGGUCGUGAUCAGGCUGACCCUCUACAUAGACCAGGCAUUGUUGCGAACAAAGUCGCACCUUCUGCAGCAUGGAAUCGAGAACACGCCCUUCCUGUGCGAGGCCAGCUACGUCCUUCUCGAGUACGCCAGGACGGCCAUGUUCAUGUGGAUGUUCAUCGAAGGCCUCUUUUUGCACAACAUGGUAACCGUCACGGUUUUUCAAGAGACCUCGUACUAUCGAAUGUACCGACUGGUUGGCUGGGGAUAUCCUGUAGUGAUGACUCUGACUUGGGCCAUCGUCACGGCCUUGUACUAUCAUCCCUCCAAAUGCUGGUGGGGUUAUAAUCUGACCUUUUACUUCUGGAUCCUGGAGGGACCAAGAAUGGCGGUCAUAUUGCUCAACUUCCUGUUCCUGCUGAACAUCAUCCGUGUUCUCGUGGUGAAGUUGCGCCAAAGCCACACCAGCGAGAUCGAGCAGGUCCGGAAAGCCGUACGUGCCGCAGUGGUGCUGCUUCCUCUUCUGGGAAUCACCAACCUGGUAGCAAUGACGGAGGCGCCCCUCGACAAAACCGUCUGGGAAUUUGCCCUGUGGUCUUACUCGACGCACUUCCUGACAGCUUUCCAGGGGCUGUUCAUAGCUACCCUCUACUGCUUCAUGAACGGCGAGGUGCGCCUGGCGUUGGAUAAGACCAUUUCCGUCUACCUCUCCCUGAGGGGUACCGACCUCCAAACGAGAAGGCAAUCGGCAUUCAGCGAUUGUCAGUCGCAUCGCAUCACUUCAGUGAUCGAGGUCGAGGAGGACGAAUUGAGACCGAGUGGAUGGAUCAGACUUUGCUGUCGUGGUGGCAACACACCUCCCCCGGAUCGACCUGCCGUAUGUCUCGAGUCCAUGUCGCAGCUUACCCGAGUUUCCGAUCCACUUUGUCACACGCAAACGACGGUCUGACCGCAGUGUUAACAGCGAGCAGUCCGCCGAGAGGACGGGACAACGCUGAGUGACUCGAGUCGUAGAAGACCUCCGAGUAAACUCGAUCAACUCCGGGAUAACAGCUUGGAUUAAUUGCGGGGCCCUGCAACGAGCAUUUGCGAGUACCCGAGACUGGAUGAAGUAGGAGCGAGAUGCCUAGAAAAAAUUCCCGAAGUUACGGGGAAGACUCCGAGGUCUAAGAAGGUUCCAACGUCGCCUGAUAUCAUGACACAGGUGACCGGCCCUGAAUUUUCCGAACAGAUAUAUUUGUGCCGUUGAGGUAAACGGUCUUAAGGGGACGUCAAAGUGGUAUCUGAAGGAUCAAUCGUUCAUGAAACCUUUCUCCGAAGUUGGGGUAUCGAAUCGUUUUGAACUUUACACUAUGAACAUGUAGGCUGCAAAAAAGGUUCCGACGCCCAUGAAAUUUCAAUUUUGAUAAAAAAUGUUAAUAAUGUCUA